AUGUCAAAUUACUGUGAACUGGAACUCAUAAAGCGUUUGAAAAAUUCUCAGCAUGGAUUUACCCUUCAACUGGACGAAUCCACAGAUGUCGCUGGAUUAGCGAUUUUACUCGUUUUUGUGCGAUAUAUUCAUGGAAUUGCUGCUCAAGAGGAUAUGCUUAUUUGCAAAGCUCUGCUCUGCAAAACAACAGGCGAAGAAAUUUUUAAAUUGAUUGAUUCGUAUUUCGAGAAGUACGAUAUAUCUUGGGAUUUAUGUCAACAAGUAUGUGCUGAUGGAGCCAAGGCAAUGCUUGGUAAUGUGAAGGGUGCAGUUGCACGCAUAAAACAGAAAAAUCCUCACAUUAGGAGCACCCAUUGCUGUCUUCAUCGGCAAGCUCUUGCAGUAAAGAAAAUGCCAGAAGAACUGAAAGUUGUUCUUAACGAUUGUGUUAAAAUUGUAAAUUUUAUCAAAUCAAGGCCGUUGAAUGCAAGAAUUUUUACCUUAUUAUGUGAAAAUAUGGGUAGUUUACAUAAGACACUGUUGCUUCACACAGAAGUCCGAUGGUUAUCACGUGGAAAAGUGAUGACAAGAUUUUGUGAAUUAAAAGAUGAAAUAAGAAUGUUCUUAACUGAACAUGCGUCUGAAUUGGCUUAUCAAUUAAAUGAAGCGGAUAGAUAUUUUUGCAAUAUUUUGGUAAUGAACAACGCUAAGCUCAAUGAAAAUGUCAAAUAUAAUUAUUUGUUGCAACAUUUAUCAGAUUUACAAGAAACAUUUUUGGAAUAUUUUCCUAGCCAAACAGAAAAAUCAUCUUGGAUUCAAAAUCCUUUUGAAGAAUCUUGCGAUACCUCUCAAUUGCCAAUAAAAGAAAAAGAACAACACAUUAAUAUAUCAACCGAUUCCUUAUUAAGAAUAACAUUUUUUCAAGUUGAUAUUAUGCAUUUUUGGCUUCAAAUUAUGAAUGAAAAUCCUGAGAUUGCUAAACGAGCUGUAAAAUACUUGAUGUCGUUUGUAUCAACUACUGUGCGAAUGACAUGUCAACCUAUCAAGUCUGUAGCACUUUUUGGAUUGCGUAUUACAGAGCUGACGAACUUCUGUUCCGCCGGGGACUGCACAGUCAGUUCAUUCUCCCACUAUCAGUCUGUUCUAUGUAGGAGCGAGAGCUACUACUGA